CAAAUGAAAAGGACUCCAGAGAACAAAAACUUGCAUUCAAACCCGGUUUUGGUUGUAGUUUGUUUCUUUUCCUUUCUUUUUUCGAAUUUUAUCCCCAAAACAAUUCUAAUUUAAUACAAAAAUUCUCAAAAAUAUGAUUAACUACAUUUUGCUUUUAUUGUUUGUUAAUUGUGUUAACUCUGAAACUCCCAUUGUCGACCCAGAAAAGACACUUGUUUGGGGUCCCGGCUUGAAGCCAGAUCAAAUUGUUCUACCAGUGCGUUACUUUUUCAUUCAAGCUGUCGACAAGAAUGGAAAAAACUUUGACCAUUCACCACAGCAACAAUUCUUGGUAAACAUUAAGGGAAGCUCGCCGCACGGAAGAUGUCGCAGCCAUGUCAACAUAAUCGACCGCGGUGAUGGUUCAUCAAUUGUCCGGUAUGCCAUAGCCGAUUGGUGCGAUAACAUGGAAAUCGAAAUCAAGUACAAUGGCUCCCAAGUGGCGGAAUCGCCAUACUACACCAGGGAGACGACUUAUUCAGAGAAAUGCAACUGUCCUCAAGAUCUGAAUCUUUGGCUGAUGAACAACGAUUGCCCGAGGAGUGAUAAGCAGAUUGAAUGGGAUUUGCACUCCUUCAAACGAGUCAACUUCUCUGCCAUUCGAGACAAUCUUUUAAAGCGGUACAAUAUGCCAAGUAGUGUUUCCUUGUGCCACUAUGUUGUGAAGAGGCAACAAAUCUAUCGCCAGUGCUAUGGGAAAUACACAGGUUUCAAGAUGUUCAUGGAUGCUACAUUGCUCUCGCUGGCCCGAGUAGCCGUCCUGCCUGACAUGGAGUUCUAUUUGAAUUUGGGUGAUUGGCCAUUGUCCAAAAAAGGGGGACAGCAGAGGACCUCCGGGCCUUAUCCGAUAUUCUCUUGGUGUGGCAGCGAUGAUUCCCAUGACAUUGUCCUGCCCACAUACGAUCUGACCGAAUCCACUUUGGAGAGUAUGGGCAGAGUGAGUCUGGACAUGCUCUCAGUCCAACGGGGAAGCUAUCCAUGGGAAAGCAAGGAAGAGAAGGCUUUCUGGCGUGGCAGAGACUCACGCCGUGAACGGUUGGAUCUAUUGGACUUGGCUAGAAAACAUCCGGACCUCAUCAACGCAUCCAUAACGAACUUCUUCUUCUUCCGUGAUGAGGAGGAGAAGUAUGGUCCAACCGUUGCCCAUAUCUCGUUUAUGGAUUUCUUUAAAUACAAGUAUCAGCUGAAUAUUGACGGAACUGUGGCCAGUUAUAGGUUCCCUUAUCUUUUAGGUGGAGAUGCGCUUGUUUUCAAGCAAGUCUCGCCAUUUUACGAACAUUUUUAUAGCAAACUCGUUGCCUACAAACAUUACGUGCCAUUCAAGAGAGACCUCAGUGAUCUUUUGGAAAAGAUAAAAUGGGCCAAGGAAAAUGAUGAACGCGCCAAAGAAAUAGCAGCCGCAGGUCGUGCAUUUGCCUUAGAACAUCUAAUGCCUCAAAAUAUCUUUUGCUAUCAUCUAUCACUUUUUAAGGAAUGGAGCACUAGAUUAUUGUCACCAAUUGUAGUCCUGCCAGGCAUGGAAAAACUCGAACAAACAAGUAAAUGCACUUGUAAGGUUCCUCUUAAGGAUGAACUUUAAGAGAAACAUCGCAACUAGAAGUGAAUACAAAAAUCUUCUCUAGAGAUCUCUCCGAAAUCAAAAUACAAAAUAUGUAUCAAAAGAAAAAAGAAAAUGGGUGAUAUCAAUUUCUGAUUAUGAUCAAACAGAACCAGAACAAAAAAACAUCCGUCUGUGUUUAUUUUUGUUUUGUAUAAAAGAGGAUACUCUUGUUUCUUUUUAUAUAACUUUUAACUUUAUAUAUUUAUAUAUGUAUGUAUUGCAACAACAAAAAAAAACAAAAACAAAACACGUAUUUUAUAUACACACAAUUUAUUUAUACCGAGCACCGAAAUGGAAUUUUGUUCCUUUUCAAAAAAUAAUAUUUUUUGUCUCCCUUUUGGAGAAAUGUUUUUGUAUUGUAUUUUACUUUAAUCAAUCAAAAUCUCCAUUUUAAUAUUGGAGAUCGAAGUGUAUUUCUAUACAUUAAGAACAAAGAAUAUAUAAGCAUGCAUUUUACACGCCAUGGAUCACACAAAGAAAUUAUAAAAACGAAAAUUCUCAAUAAAUGUAGUGAGUGAAAUUUAA